CUAUCAUCAAUUUUCUUAAAAACAUCUUUCAAAAGUUCAGAUCUAUUAACAUUUAAUGUUUUUUUUUUAUUUUCAUGGAGUUAUUACUCACACUUUAGUUUUUCUCUGAUACUUUCCUGUAGAAUUCUGACUGCAGAUGGUACUGAGCAUGUAAUCAUUAAGUCACUUCUGAUUGGCCGAGCACAUCUGUUCCUGGCAGUUUAAAGUAGAGAACUGUCUUUGGUGAACCUCAGGAGUUUUAGAGAAUGACUCCACCGGUGUUUGCUGGCUGGGUGGCAUGUCUGCUCUUGGGAACAGUGGCUUUAUCUGGGGCUCAGACACCGUCGGCAUCUUUAAAAUUUCAAUCAGUUGUUGUUGGUGAGGAGGUGACUUUAAAAUGCUUUCAUCGAGGCACAGGGGCAGAUUUGAUUUUUUGGUUUAAACAACCUCUAGGAAUGAAACUACAACUCAUGUCUGAGUAUUUUGAUUAUAUAGAAAGUGGAUCUUUUGUGGAUGAUUUCAAGAACGAUCCACGGUUUGAACUGGAAACAGACAAAGACAAAAACCACCUGAAGAUCUCAAAUGUGAAAAUGUCAGAUUCUGCUACCUAUCACUGCAUCAGCUCAGAUUCUUAUAGGUUUAAACAUCUGGAGGGCUUUAUUGUUAGUGUGAAGGACUCUACUUCCGUGGAUCAGUGGUCCUCUGAGAACAUCCAUCCAGGAGACUCUGUGAUUCUGAACUGUACAGUACACACUGGGAGCUGUGAUGGAGAACACAGAGUUUACUGGUUCAAAGACUCUGAAGACUCUCAUCCAGGACUCAUUUACACUCAUGGAGGCAGGAAUGAUCAGUGUGAGAGACAGAAGAACACACAAACACACAGUUGUGUCUAUGAACUGUCUAUGAAGAACAUAAAUGAGUCUCAUGCUGGGAUCUACUACUGUGCUGUUGUCUCAUGUGGACACAUACUGUUUGGAAACGGGACCAAACUGAACCUCACAGAAGGAAAUUUUCCUCCAUUUGUGUAUUUCGUGAGUGGAGUUCUGACAUCUUCACUGAUCUUCCUCACAUCUUACAUAAUACACAAGAGCUGCAAAUCCAACGCAACAGAUCCUCAGAUCAGAUCUGCUGUAUCUUCGGAAGUGAAUCCAGAGGGGACAGAAGAUCUCCAUUAUGCUGCUUUAAGACACAAAUCAAGAAGACAGAAGAAAGACACCAACACUGAAUCUGUGUACUCCGAAGCAGCAGAGAUGGAUAUGUUCUCAUCCGUGUGUGAUUCAGUAUCCAGUGGAAGUUGGUGAACAGUCAGGCCUCUCCCUUCAGUUCUGCCAAUGACACUUUGGGGCCUUCAGCAGAGAGCAAUAGAAAUCAGUGUUCCCACAGCAAUCGUCAUUUUCAUCUUUAAAUCCAAACAUCUUGAUCUUGGUUCAUAAUUGUUUACGUGUAAUUCCAGUUCUGGCCAGCAGAGAGCAGCAGUGCAGCUGCUAACAGGACUCACCCAGCAGAGCAGCAUAAAAGAAGAGAAACUGUUUUCUUAACGGACCUCACAUCCUUCUGAUGUGGUCGUGGCAGCAGAUGACACUUUUGGAGAGGUCAAGCGUGUAAAGAAGAGAAAAGAAAAGCUGAACGUCUAUUGUUUUUGUGAUUUUCAAAUGAGCUGCUGUGGUUGAAUGAAAGAGCUCUGAAGUUCAUUCACACUCUUUGAUAUGUUGUUUUACUGCAACACAAAUGUAGAUCACCAAUGCAUUCAGAGAAAUAAUCUAAAUCAGAUUGAUUUGAUUUAUCAAUGCAUUAGAGCGAUAAGAUCUCACAAAUAUUGUUUUGGUUUUCAAGACCGGUUCAGUGUUUCAUUCGCUGCAGGUGACAGAUAAAGGUCCUGGAGUCUCUCUGGUUUCUUCCUGCUCUGGUUGGCUUACGAUAAGCCCCAUCUCUCCUGUCUCGUCAUGGUGAUGCUCAUGCGGUUACAUUUAUGAUGCAGUUUGUUUGUUCUGCCCCUUUGGCCCGUUCAUUCCCACAGAUGCUCUUCAGUUUGCAGUGUUGAUAUUCUUUGAUUUACUUUAAUUUUUCAACUGUUAACACGAUCAGCAUAAUUUUAGCAGAAUCUGAUGUGCCUUGUGCUGCUUUUCUCAUUUGAUUAUUGUGUCAAUGGCUGAAAAAUUACAGCAUGUUAAAGAUUUUGUGUUUAAACAUGUUAAGGAAAUUAAAUACUUUAUUAUAAUUUUAUUUCUCUUUGUUUGAAUUCUGUGUGAAACAAGUCUGAAGAAGCUAACCUUUAAGAAACGCAUAACUUUCCCCGUGUCACUUUCCCUCGCUCUCCUCCGGAGAAAUUGCACUCCUGUGUCUUGUCUUUAAAAUUGUUGUAAUUUCAGAGUAACCUCUAACAAUUCGUCACCGACGACGCCUCAGGUGUUAAAGUUUAAACCAUUUUUAAUGCCAAAACCACUAGUUUUGACUCAGGAUAAUAAUUGCUCAAAUAUCAUCCAUUUAAUGAAAGAAACAAAAAAGUAUAUCAGAAAUAUAACUUCAAAUAAAUAUAACUUCCAACUGUUCAGGUGAUGUAACUAUAUAAAUAAAAAAGUCACUGGAGAAAUCAUUUAUUGUUUUUGGGGUUUUUUUUUUUUUUUUUUUUAGGUGAAGGCUUUUGUUUUAGUUUAACUUUGUCUGACAUUAGUUUGAGUAGUUGCUUUAUAAAAAUGAAGUUUGAUUUAAUUCUUUUUAAUCCAAAUACAGCAUCCAUAUGAUAUAAGUGACUUAACUCAACUGACAGAUGAGAUAGCCAGAUGUCAAAAUAUCUGUUUGGUAAAAAAGUGUUAAAGAAUAAAAAAAUGUAAUCAUGAAAAACCAAAGUAAAAACUUGAGACUUCGUGCUAAUUUUUAUUUUGUCAUUAAGACAAGUGAAUUUGUUUAAAAAAAAUGACAUGUUUUUCUCUAAAUCUAGACCCUUUUUAAAAAAAAAAAAAGUUAAUCAGUGUUAGAUGAACGGUUAUUUAAUAAUUAUUAUUAUCGGUUAUUUGCUGGAUCACAGUUGGAGUCGGUUUUUGAUUGUCAUCUGUCCCUCAGACUCCUGGUUCAGAACUGGUACUG